AUGUCUGAAACGCUGCAACUUAAAGGUACCCUUUUGGGACACAAUGGCUGGGUCACCCAAAUUGCCACCAACCCAAAAUACCCCGACAUGAUCUUGUCUUCUUCUAGAGAUAAGACUUUGAUUGUAUGGAAAUUGACACGUGAAGAUCACCAAUAUGGUGUGCCACAGAAGCGUCUGUACGGUCACUCUCACUUCAUCUCCGACGUUGUUUUGUCUUCCGAUGGUAACUACGCACUGUCUGGGUCCUGGGACAAAACCCUCCGUCUAUGGGAUUUGGCUGCAGGAAAGACCACCAGGCGUUUCGAAGACCACACCAAGGAUGUUUUGAGCGUUGCUUUCUCCGUUGACAACCGUCAAAUCGUCUCUGGAUCGAGAGACAAGACCAUCAAAUUGUGGAACACUUUGGCCGAAUGCAAGUACACCAUUCAAGACGAUGGUCACAGUGAUUGGGUAUCGUGCGUAAGAUUCUCGCCGAACCACGCCAACCCGAUCAUCGUGUCGGCCGGUUGGGACCGCAUGGUCAAGGUCUGGAACCUGACCAACUGCCGUCUAAAGAUCAACCACUCGGGCCACACCGGCUACCUCAACACCGUGACCGUCUCUCCCGACGGCAGCUUGUGCGCCAGCGGCGGCAAGGACUGCAAAGCCAUGCUCUGGGACUUGAACGACGGCAAGCAUUUGCACACCUUGGACCACAACGACAUCAUCACAGCCCUGUGCUUCUCGCCAAACAGGUACUGGUUGUGUGCUGCUUUCGGACCUUCCAUCAAGAUCUGGGACUUGGAAAGCAAAGAGAUGGUGGAAGAGCUGAAACCUGAAGUGGUGAGCCAAAACAGCAAAGCCGAACCACCACAGUGCCUUUCCUUGGCCUGGUCCACCGAUGGCCAAACCUUGUUUGCCGGAUACUCUGACAACACCAUCAGGGUAUGGCAAGUCAGUGUGUCGGCUCAUUAG